GGCUGAGGAACAGUCCCAGAAGAAGGAAAAACUACUAAUGACCCUGGAGGAGAAAUUGAAAGAGCUGGAAGAGCAGUUGUUCAGAUGCCUCUCCCUAUCCAGAUGCCAAGUGCAGCAGGCCCAACUGAGGACAGAGCUGGAGCAAAGGCAACAGGAGGCUGAGAAGAGAGAGUACCAGUACCAACAGGAGCUCAAGGAGCAGCAUGAGCUGGUCCGAGCCAUGAAGAGACGCAUGGUGGAGAUGAUUCAGGAGAAGGACAGCCUAUGGCAGAAGACUGAGCAUCUCUCUUCCCUAGCCCCUGGACUCUGUGUAGUCUGUAGCAAGAUUUUUGGUCGCCUGUCUAGGAGAUAUAAAUGCAGCACAUUCAGCUUCUGGAUCCUGACUCACUGCAGAGGUGGUGGCAGCAACAGGCAGAGACAUAGCCAGAUGUCUACAAUGGAAGGCAUGUUUGACUUAAGCUCAGAGGAGCUACUUGAAUGGUUUUAUGACAACGACAAUUUUUCUGGAUACAGUACAGACAUCCCACCUUCAUAUGAGGAUGCAGCCCCCUGCCACCUAAAGAUCUCAGGCCUCAACAAGUACUUUGUCAUCAUAAUAUACAUCCUCGUGUUCUUGCUGAGUUUGCUGGGAAAUUCACUGGUGAUGCUGGUCAUCCUCUACAACCGGCUCAGCCGCUCAGUCACAGACAUCUACCUACUCAACCUGGCCAUAGCCGACCUGCUCUUUGCUCUGUCACUACCCCUUUGGGCUGCCUCCAAGGUGAAAGGCUGGAUUUUUGGCACUCUUCUUUGCAAGGUUGUCUCCCUUCUGAAAGAGAUCAACUUCUACAGCGGCAUUCUGCUGCUGGCCUGCAUCAGUGUAGACCGCUACCUAGCCAUUGUCCAUGCCACUAGGGCUUUGACUCAAAAGCGCCACUGGGUAAAGUUCAUCUGCAUGGGCAUCUGGGUCCUGUCCUUGCUCCUAUCCAUGCCCAUUCUUUUCUACCGUGAAGCAGUCAAAGUACACUAUUAUGGCUUUGUCUGUUAUGAGAACUUUGGUAACAGUACUGAAAAAUGGCGGCUGAUACUGAGGAUCCUUUCCCAGUUCUUUGGCUUUGUCCUGCCCCUGUUCAUCAUGCUCUUCUGCUACAGCUUCACCCUGCUCACCCUGUCUGUGGCGCACAUGGGGCAGAAGCAUCGGGCCAUGCGAGUCAUCUUUGCUGUAGUCCUUGUCUUCCUAAUUUGCUGGCUGCCUUACAAUCUGGUGCUGAUCACUGACACCCUCAUGAGGACCAAGAUAAUUCAGGACACUUGUCCACGAAGGAAUGUGAUUGAAAACGCCUUUAAUACCACUGAGGUACUGGGCUUCUUCCAUAGCUGCCUCAACCCCAUUAUCUAUGCCUUCAUCGGACAUAAGUUUCGGUACAGCUUCCUCAAAAUCCUGGCUGCCCAUGGUAUGGUCAGCAAAGAGUUCUUAGCCCAGCACAGCAAGCCUUCAGUCCAUGGUUCCUCUUCUGGAAAUACCUCUACCACUCUUUGAAGAUCCCUCUGGUCCAGCUCUUCUGGGUCUCUCCCUGUCCUUCUUUGCCUUUCUCCUAACUGUCUCCAAAAUUUCACUCUUGGUUGAGUUAGCUUCUCCUUUUUCAUGGUUGCCCUCCACCAUGUAGUAUGGGGGGAAAGUGAGAAUCCUAUUAAAGGAUACCAUCUCAACCUCAUAAUCCAGGAAUUACAUCUACCACUACAAUUACCUUGAACUGAUGGGUUACAAUUGCCAUAUUAACAGGACAGAUGCUAUUAUUCAACCCCCUCAGCCCACAACAUGAUUUCCUGAGACUUUUUUAAAACCUAGAUCCUACUUAGGGUAACUAUGAGGGGAUUCCACAGCAGAGAAGGGAAAAUGAGAGGGGAGAACUGUCAGAUUUAAUAAAUAGGUCUGUUUCCAUGUAAUCUCCUUAUCUAUCAUCAGCGGAAACUAGAUGGCUCAGUGGAUAGAGCACUGGGCCUGGAGUCAGAAAGAACUGAGUUUAAAUCUAGCUUCAGAUGCACAC